AUAGCAUGAGGAGCUGUCCGCGGUGCUGAAAGCAGACUCACAGAGAGACAGAGAGAGGCUCAGCUCACCCCCGAGCCUCCACACGAACUACUAACACAAGGCGUCACCAUGUCGUCACUCCCAGCAGGCAAACCUUUCCUCAUCUGCUGCACCCACUUCCUCCUCCUCGUCUUCUUCGCCUCCUCUGACGUUCAGGGGGCUUCUCUCAGGGAGCACCGACAGCGAGGGAGUGAAUCCCCGAGAGGAGACGUCCUGCAGGCUCCCAACGACGACAUGCUCAAAGCUUUGGAGUACAUCCAGAGCCUCCGUCAAAGGAGCGGCACGAGCAUGGGUUACGACGCCGGCCAUAUGGACGACGCCGAGAAGCUGCGGGCCAUGCUGAGACUGGCUCCGAAAGAGGAAGAGGAGGAGGAGGAGGAUGAAGGCAGGGAGGAUAAGAGUGAGGAGCUGCUGCAGGCUGUGCUCAGCACCCUCGAGGAGUCGGAGAAAGCCUCAAAGCAGACGCCACUUCGCCCCAGGGUGCAAAUCAGCAUCAAGCCCCACAAAAAGAUGCCGCUGAUGUUUGAGGAUGAGGAAGAGGGCGAGGGGGACGAGGAGGAAGAGGAGGAAGAGCCGGAUCUGGCACCUUUCAAACGCACAAACGAGAACGUGGAGGAGAAGUACACGCCGCAGAAUCUGGCGACGCUGCAGUCCGUGUUCGACGAGCUAGACAAGCUGACCAGCAGGAAGACCAAAAGACAGGAGGAGAAGGACAUGGACGAGGAUGAGGACAUGUUCAACGUGAGGAACGUGGCGUAUGAUGACGUAGGAGGGGAUCUUGCAGACUGGGGAGAAGGGGAGGAAGAGGAGGAGGACAAACAGGAGGUGGACCGAGGCCUCGAUUAUGACGAAGAAGCGGACGAUCAGGAGGAGGAAAGCUACCCGGUCAAGAGGUCGAAAGACACGGAUGAUGUCGCCAAUCUGGUAGACUAUUACCUCCUGAAAGUGCUGGAGAAAACUGAGGUAGAGGAGCACAAGAGAGCGAUAGAGGAAGAGGAGAAGAAGAGGGACAACAUAGAUCCGAGGACCAUCUACCAGCUCAUACAGAUCUCCCAAAAAUACCAAAUCCCACCGGAGGACCUGGUGGACAUGCUGAAAACCGGAGAGACGACGAAGCCACGAAAGCCCUCUCCGGUUUCCCCGAAGAAGACACACAAAAUUCCCGAAGAGACAUAUUAUAACAGACGCUUUCCUGACAGGCAGAAGACCCCGGAGGAGCGGCGGACGGAGGAGAUCCUGAGCAUCCUGGGAUUAGGAGGCGUUGAAGACAAAGCUCCCGUCAGGACGCAGUACUCCUCGCCGUCACGAUUUCACACCCAACCUCCGAGGCGUUCAGGGGAAUCCUCUCCCACGCAACCGAGACGCCUCCCCUCCAUCACUCUGAAGGACGACUACGACGACACGUUGGACGAGGACGAGCUGGCGGCGUACUUAGCAGCUCAGAUGCUCGCUCAGUACCCCAAUAACAAAAACAGAAACAACAAGGUGAGCCAAAAGCGGGAGGAACAGAGCGCCGCCGGCUCCUUUGAGCAGGCCAUACAGGCGUACUUUGAUCAAAUAGACAAAAACGACAAGAGACAAACAGAGGAGGAGACGGAGGAUGAGGAGGAGGAGGACCAGACGAAAGGCUUUGAUAAUGAGGCGGUGAUGAAAUUAAUGAGCUACCUGAACCCAGACACAGAGGAGAGCGACGCCACAACUGAACAGGAGAAAUAGAGCCUGGAGAUAGAUGUACAGCUGAUAUAUAUAUAUUGUUUUGGUGGAGGGAGAGCGGGGGAAUAAAGUAUUUUGGAGAAUAAAAUAAAAUGCAGUUCUGUAGGUUUACAAAAGUUCCUAUUUAUUAGCAGAGAUGUGAGUGUUCAGACAUUCAUUUGUUUUUUUAAACCAUCUGUACAUGUGACUCACCAGCCUUUCACACACACGUACACACACAUACACAAAUCAGUGUUGGAUCCUCUAGAUUCACUUGUGGGUUUUUUUUGGUAAUUCUUUCCUAAAUGUGGUCAUAUGUGACAUUCCUGGGGUUAAUAAAGCAUUGACUUUAUUUUUUCCUU